AUGGUACUGUGCGAUGUCUGCGAGAGUAAAGACCUCAGUCUGUGGAACAAGAGUAUCAGUCAGAGAUGGAGGAAGCUCAGACGCAGAUGUUCUGUUCAAGAGAUAUCCGAGCAUCAGGAUGAAUCAUUGAUACAAGGUGCUUCAAGGGUUGGUGUUAUUCAUGGCGUCAGGUCUACGCCGACUAGUAGAGAAGCCUCUCCGGCACCUAAGUCCAGAGAUAGAUGUUCACCAAAGAAAUUAUUGCAAACAAGUUCAUUGAGAUUGCCUGGUACUAGUAAAGGGAUCGCAGACAUCCAGAACGUGCUGAGGAGUAAAUUAAGCAAGAUAAAUGCCGGCAUAAGGAAACGCAAGGCACUGAGCGUGACUGAGGUGUUUCCGCCCAAGGACAACGUCUCCAAUUUCUACGUUCCAAGUCCCCUGUCGAGUUCAACCAGUGAAAAAUUCGAUACACGGGUCUCCACGGAUCACCAGGUUCACCAGGCCUCGCUUUCGGCGUACACGCUCAAUGAGAAAUUGACGACCCUCGCGGAAGCCAGCGCGCCCAAUUCUCCGAGGUAUCCAGCCGAGGACGACAAGAGGACCUUUUCUUACUCAAUUACUGCUAACAAUAAUAACAAUAAUAGCAGUAAUAGUAAUCACAAUCAUAAUCAUAAUCAUAGUCUUAAUAAAAGCAGCAAUAAUCAUGACCAUGAAGAUUCUCUCCUAAAUGACAGCAAUGAUUCGCGGAUUUACGAGACCGGUGUUUUCGUGGACACUCUGCGUAGAAGCAACUCGGAACACCGCGGAACUGAUCAUCACGCGUAUGAAAACGUUCCGUUCCAAAGAUGCCGGCGCUCGGCGAUCUACUCGCCAACGGAGAGCGGACCAACUGCAACGAAUUUGCAGCGAGAAAAUACGCCUGCGAGUAAUCGGCGACCUGCUGAUAAUUCUUACGAAAAUGUCAGGUUUGAAAAAUCACUGUCAAGCUCCACGCGCUCGAGAAGGCUUUCCAGGGACGACGAUCUUGAUGAAAUUCACAUCCCAAGAAUCAGUCCCAGGAAGAGAAGCACUGAUUUCGUUAUCGGCGGGUCUGUGGCCAACUACUCGCUGAUAAAUGGAAGCAGUAUUUAUGGAAACGGCGAACACGGACCUUCAAGUUUGGGAACUGAUAAGAGUCCGGGGAAGAAAUCCGGCAGACGACUGAGCAGCAGAAGUGUCGCGAAUAUUGCUGGUUCCUCUGGACCUGGGAUGAAAACCUGGCAAGGACAGGAGACUGACGAGGGGCUGAACUCUGACAGCGAGCUGGAAGACAUCCAAGAGGUCGAAGGUGAAGAAUCUCGGUUUUGUACGCUCCCGAGGCCGGGAAAAGGCACUGCUUCUUUCACUAUUCUCACGGCGAGGUUUUCUAAAGGUCCGGGACACAAAGGACUCGGGUUCAGUAUUGUGGGGGGCACUGACAGCCCCAGGGGCAACAUGGGAAUUUAUGUUAAAACUGUCUUUCCUAACGGACAGGCCGCUGAUUUGGGAACUGUCAAAGAAGGCGACGAAAUACUGUCGAUAAAUUCAAAGCCACUCCACGGCAUGACGCAUGCAGAAGCAAUUGCUGAAUUCAAAGCGAUAAAAACCGGCGAUGUAAUAUUACACGUGGGCCGCCGGGUGUCCAGAAGAAAAAAAGAAAAUACAACAGGAACAGCAACGGCAGUAGCAGCAACGGUCGCCGGGAGUUCGAAUGUGGUACGACAAGCUGUCGAGUGA